AUUGGAUAUUUGGACUGGUGUGCUUCCCAUUUUUUCAGUUGUCACUCCAAAAGCGCGAGAAACCCCGCCACUGCUACUCUACCAGGCUACUAUCUACUAAUAUUGCCGGGAUUUACCACAUUUCAAAAAAUAACAACUCUCUAGUUUUUUCUUACCCAGACUUCCCAAAACCCUAAAACAACCGGUUUCAUUUUCUGAGAUUUUAGCGAAUUGCCGGUAUGACGAGCGUGGUUAAUCUUGAUCAAGACCAACAAUGGCUUAUCAAUUGUUUGAAUGCUUCACUUGAUACCAACCAGCAAGUUCGUUCCUUUGCUGAGACUUCUCUCACUCAAGCUUCUAAUCAACAUGGUUUUGGAAGUGCAUUAGCCAAAGUUGCUGCAAAUAGGGAAUUGUCAUUCGGAUUGCGACAAAUAUCCUUUCUUUAGUGCUAAUCUUUUCCAUGCAUGCUUUUGUAUUUUUUAAUGAGUUGAUGAAUACACCCCCUAAUUUAAUUUUUUUUUGUUUAUUAUCUAGAAUAAAUGUUUAGGGGAUGUCAUUUAUAAUGCUAGUAUGACACUAGGAAUUUUGCAACAUCGAUACCUCAAUAAAUGUUUUUUUAAAUCAAAAACCUCUUAAUAUAUAAGAAAAUUUGUAAAACACUUAAGAUACAUAUUCAAUAAAAUUUGAUUUACUUAUUUAACCGAAUGACUAAAAUGACUAGCCCUUUUUCAAACAUUCUAAACUAAUUUUAGUUGUGUUUUGAACUCAUUAGAAUUCAUCUCAAUUCUUAAUUGAUAUGACUUCAUUGAAUUGAAUGUAUUUCUAGAUUAGUCAAUUAUAGUGAGCAUAACACACUUUUAAUUUGCAUUGGAAGGAGUACCUCUUUUUGGUUUAAAAGCCGUAUGCGGAAGUCUUGGAAUUUUUUAUGUAUUUAUUAAUUUUUCGAUUUGAACUUAAACAAUAUCAACAACCUUUUUCUUUGUUUACCUCUUCUAUUCCAUGUUACCGCUACCUAUUUAUCUUGGAGUUUUCUUUAACAUAAUUUACCUAGCUGCUGUUAUCUUGAAGCAAUUUAUUAAAAAGCAUUGGCAUGAGGAUGAUGAUAACUUUGAGCCUCCUAUUGUUGCAAAUGAUGAGAAGGAAGUCAUUCGUAGACUUCUCUUGUGCUUGGAUGAUUCACACAAGAAAAUAUGCACUGCAGUUAGCAUGGUUGUUGCUUCAAUAGCAUACUAUGAUUGGCCAGAACAUUGGCCCGAAUUGUUGCCUUUCUUGAUGAAGUUGAUUAAUGAUCAAACUAAUAUGAAUGGAGUGCAUGGUGCAUUAAGGUGUUUGGCCCUUCUUGCUUGGGAUAUAGAUGAUAAAGUUGUACCCUCUUUGGUGCCUAUCUUGUUUCCUUGCUUGCUUUCAAUUGUCUCAUCUCCUCAGAUAUAUGACAAAUCUUUGCGCACAAAGGCCCUGUCAAUAGUCUACUCUUGUACGUCUAUGCUGGGUACAAUGAGUGGUGCGUAUAAGGUAGAGACUACUAAUCUGAUAUCACCAAUGCUUCAACAAUGGAUGCAUCAGUUUUCAGCUGUAUUAAAUCAUCCAGUGCAAUCAGAAGACCCUGGUGACUGGAGCAUAAGAAUGGAGGUUUUGAAGUGUUUGAAUCAAUUUGUUCAAAAUUUUCCAGGUGCUAUUGAAACAGAGUUCAUGGCUAUUGUAGGACCUCUGUGGCACACAUUUGUGACAACUUUAAAAGUAUAUGAGCAGUCAUCAGUUGAAGGUUCUCUAGACUCCUUUGAAGGACGAUAUGACUCUGAUGGAGCAGAGAGAAGUUUGGAGUCCUUUGUCAUGCAGUUGUUUGAGUUCCUGCUAACAGUUGUUGGCAGUUUGAGAUUUGUGAAGGUUGUUGCAAAUUACUUGCAAGAGCUGGUUUAUUAUACAUUUGGAUUCAUGCAAAUUACAGAACAGCAGAUAAAUGCUUGGUCCCUGGAUGCAAAUCAAUAUAUAUCUGACGAGGACGACAACGAGUGCAACUGCCGUGUUUCUGGUGUCCUUCUAUUAGAAGAGAUCAUAGGGUCUUGUGGUGAGGAUGGACUUUGUGCCAUUAUAGAAGCUACUAAGAGGCGUUUUAUGGAGUCACAACAACAGAAAGCUGAAGGCUUGAGUAUUUGGUGGAGGAUACGAGAGGCUGUCAUUUAUGGUAUGGCAUCUUUAUCAGAUCAAUUGCAAGAGGCAGAGGUUUGUGGCCCUGAUGGAUUUGAUAUGAAGAAAUUUAUAGAACUGAUCAUCAUGGAAGAUAUUGGAGCAGAGGUCCAUGAUUUUCCUUUUCUCUAUGCCCGUGUGUUCUCAUCGGUACCAAAGUUCUCAUCUAUGCUGAGCCCUGGGACCGUUGAGCAUUUUCUUUUUGCUUCUCUAAGAGCUAUAGGCAUGGAUGUACCACCGCCUGUUAAAGUUGGUUCCUGUCGAGUGCUUUCUCAGCUCUUACCCGAUGCAAAAAAAGAAGCCCUUCAGCCUCAUAUAAUGCAGCUAUUUUCAUCGCUUAUUGAUCUCCUAAAUCAAGCGUCAGAAGAAAGUUUGCACCUAGUGCUUGAAACUUUACAAGCAGCUGUCAAGUCAGGUCAUGAAGCAUCGUUGACAGUGGAGCCGAUCAUCUCUCCCAUUAUUCUUAAUAAAUGGGCCUCUCAUGUUUCUGAUCCUUUUAUAAGUAUAGAUGCCAUUGAAGUUCUGGAGGCAAUUAAAAAUGCUCCAGGCUGCAUUCAACCAUUAGUUUCUCGUGUAUUACCCUAUAUUGGACCAAUUCUUAGCCAGCCUAAGCAGCAGCCUGAGGGAUUAGUUGCAGGUUCACUGGAUUUGGUGACUAUGCUUUUAAAGAAUGCUCCUGGUCCUGUAAUCAAAGCAUUGUAUGAUGUUUGUUUUAACCCUAUAAUACAAAUAGUGCUCCAGACCGACGAUUACAGUGAAAUGCAGAAUGCUACAGAAUGCUUGGCUGCUUUUGUAUGUGGGGGAAAGAGUGACCUUCUUACUUGGGGUGGUGAUCCUGGAUUUACAAUGAGAAGCUUACUAGAUGCUCUUUCAAGGCUUUUGGACCCCGAUCUGGAAAGCUCGGGAUCCUUUUUUGUUGGGAAUUACAUUUUGCAACUUAUCUUGAAUCUUCCUUCAGAAAUGGGACAACAUAUUCAGAACUUAGUAUCUGCACUUGUGAGGCGUAUGCAAUCUUGUGAAAUAGCUGGACUGAGAAACUCAUUGCUACUGGUUUUUGCUAGACUGGUUCAUAUGAGUACCCCAAAUAUUGGCCAGUUUAUUGAUUUGUUGGUCUCCAUACCCGUGGAUGGUUACAGCAAUUCCUUUGCUUACGUAAUGUCUGCAUGGGUCAAGCAGCAAGGUGAGAUACAGGGAUCAUACCAAAUUAAAGUUACUACCACUGCUUUGGCUCUCUUGCUGUCUACCAGGCACGUCGAAUUGGAAAAAGUUUUUGUUCAAGGUCAUCUGAUUCAGAGCACUGCAGGAAUAACUACGCGUUCAAAAUCUAAAACAGCUCCAGACCAAUGGACUGUUAUGCCUCUUAAUGCAAAGAUUCUUGGCUUGUUAGCUGAGACACUAAUUGAGAUUCAAGAACAAGUGACUGAGCAUAAUGAGGAGGAUAGUGACUGGGAGGAAGUUGACGCUGAAGAUGCAGAGGUGCAACAAAGUUUCUUACAUGCAUCACCUGCUAAAUUAUCUGGCAAGCCCGAUUAUGAACAUCUUGCUGCAAUGGCAAAAGUAUUUGAGAACCAAAACGAUGAAGACGAAGACGAUCUAUUGAGCAGUGUUGAUCCCCUUAACGAGAUCAAUUUGUCAAACUAUCUUAUUGACUUUUUGGUGAAGUUCUACCAGAGUGCCCCUACACUAUUUGAUCAGCUUUCUCAGAGUUUAACUCAAUCUCAACGGCGUGCAAUUCAAAUGAUUUUAAAUCAUUGAGCGAUUUACAGUUUCAUCAUCGCUACAUAGUACUACGUAGUUUGUCCUUGAUGCUUAGUUUUCCCAUGUAUGCAUACAUUAAAUCAAUUGACUGCCAUAAGCUUCGUAUCAAGUUUUGAAUGGUUGAAGGGCGCUCAGUAUUCCUCGUGUAUAAUGUUGAGAUGGUGUUGCAUUAGUUUAUUUGCCCAUCGAGUUGGAGUGUAUUUUUAUUGUUGUUUUUGUUGAUUAGUUUUUUUUUUUUUUUUGGGUGUUGCGGGAAGGGGAAUUGGGUGCAUGAUCUUUUGCAGUUGUGCUUCAUGAGUUUCAUAAGACGGGUGAAACUUGCAGAAAAAUAGAACAUUUUUUGUGUGCGUGUUUUUACUUCCUUUUUUUGUUGCAAAAUUACAAAGAACUUGUAAAUUUGUAAGCCAACACAAAUUUUAAGGAAUAACUGUUAAUAGUCAAACACAUAUGGUGGAAUCUUAUUAUUUAC